AAUAGUUUGACGAGCGUUACAAAUAAAUUAUAAGUAAAUAUGACAGGAAAUUACAAAAGAUAUUAUGAUUUUAUAAGAAAUGCAACAACAACGGAUGAAUAUAAAACAGUUAACAAAUACGCUGCCUUUCUUCCGAUACCUGCAGUUUUAAGUUUAAUUUUAAUUCUGAUCGGGUUUGUUACCCCCGGAUGGGCGGGUUUGGAAAUAGGGGGAACAUUUUAUGGCUUCGGAUUGUGGUAUGAUUAUCUUUGUAAAGAAGGAUCAGAUUGUGAAACGAAAGUGUUUGCUCACAAUGUGAAGUCAAAGGAUUUAGCAGAUGCAGCUGAAAAUAGCAUGGUGAAAUAUCGAGUGAUGGCAAGUUUAGCUUUGGUCUUCCAAAUAUUUGCAACUAUCUCGGCAUUGUUGGCCAUAAUACCAAAGACGAACUUGAAACAAUACCUGUUUACAUUUAUUUGCACCUGCGGCUUAUGUUUGUUCUUAUCAGCCAUUUUCAGUCUGGUCACAUCAGGGACACUCCAAAUUAUCAAAUCUAUUACCGUGUUCAAGAAAUACGAACACAUCGUAGGAGAGAGUCCCUAUACGUUUCCCUAUUCAUUGUUCCUGUUUGGCGCCGGAGGAAGCAUGUCAGCGUUCACAAUGUUUUUUAUCAUGGGAAUAUUUUGCUACAGCGCAAGUCAUUAAAAGGACAAAUCGGACACAACAUCCCAGUGUCUUAAUUAACUGUAUGUGUGUUUUACAGGGAACCUCAAAUUAGCCGCAAACACGUGAAAUAAGGGCUGGUGUCCUUUCAAAGACAUGAGAAAAACCUUUUGAGUGAGAGUCAUCAGACUUGUACACUACUUGGUCACUCAAGAAUGUCUAUUGUAUUUGUUACUGUAUCGGUUGUCCUCAUCCCUUCCCACGCCAAUGAGAAAUGUUACUCAGCAAGUAUGUCCAGUGUGUUGACUAGAGUUCUUUCAGAAAUGAUACA